GGAUUUGGACUCUUUCUCGGAGGAUCGAAGAGCAAUGAAACGGAGCGACGAAGCGACCCUAUCAUCUCUGACUCCUCCCGAAACUCGUUCUCCGAUGCUUCCCCUGAACCGACCCCAGAGGUGCAUCGCGAUAUUGCUGCGACGGAGUAUGCUGUGAGGCGUAGAGAGCUCAUGCAGCUCAUAACAGGUCUUCGUAUGAAAGGCGCACAUCAACUCAUCAAAAUUCCACGCAUCGCCGUUAUUGGAAUACAGUCUGCUGGCAAGAGCUCCGUUGUCGAGGCCGUAACUGGGAUCACCGUUCCCAGAGACAGUGGUACUUGCACGCGAUGCCCAAUGGAAUGCACCAUGUCAAGUUCUGCAACCACUUGGUCCUGUCAGAUUUCUUUGCGCUAUGAGUAUGACGACGCCGGUGUGAAGAUGAGCGUCACCCAGCACACGUUCAGUCCUGUUCUCACAGACCGUGGACAAGUCGAGCUCUGGAUUCGCAGAGCACAGGUAGCCAUUUUAUCCCUUCACCGCACGUUGACGGACUGUCAGAAUCUCUCCGAAGAUCAAGUCAAGGAUAUCCAGAAGAAUUUUCCGAAAGAUGGUAGAAGUAUGCUUCAGUUCUCGAAGAAUUUCGUCUGCGUCGAUAUCAACGAUCCCGAUGCGACAGACAUUUCUUUUGUGGAUCUGCCGGGUCUAGUGCAGAAUAUGGACGUCGGAAUAGUCGACCUAGUCGAGAAUCUCACCAUCUCUGCCAUCGAGGAUGACUCCGCCAUAAUCCUCGUCACCAUGCCCCUCACAGACGAGAUGGAGAACCAGUUGGCGUUCCGCUUGGCCAGAGAGGCUGAUCCCGAAGGCAAGCGUACUGUUGGUGUUCUUACAAAACCCGACAAGAUUCAAGCGGGCGAUUUGGGAGCUCGUCAGCGGUGGAAGGACGUGAUAUCGGGCAAAGCUCAUCCGUUGCAUCACGGUUAUUAUUGCCUUCGUCUUCCCGAUGACGGUGAACGCGCCCAAUCGAUUACUCGUGCGCAAGGUGAAGAGAUAUCGAAUGCCUACUUUGCUUCGAACACUCCGUGGAGCGAGCUCGGUCCAGCCGGACGUCGCAGGCUCGGGGUCGCGAACCUCGUUUCUGACGUAUCCCAACUCCUGAUGCGCCUCUUGGAAGAAGCACUCCCGAGGAUUCGCGAGGAAAUCAGUUCCCUCCUCUCCGAAUGCAUUGCCGAUAUCGCCGCCCUUCCUGCCGCUCCCGAGACCGACAACGCGACUACGACUGUCAUUCUCAAAGUUUCCAAAUUCACCUCCGAACUCUCUAUGAUGGUUUAUGGCCGAGGUGAUAUGACCAGAGACUUCAUACAGCGCAAUCAAGCGAACUAUGGCGUCCUUCGUCGUAAAAUACGUGGUACGGCUCCGGAUUUUAGGCCGUACCAUGACCGCGCUUUGCGCUCUCGUCCCUCGUAUCCUGGCGAUGAAGACGGCGACCCAGACCCACUCUUGCAACCACUCGACCUUUCGGAGGUUCGAUAUAUCUUGAAGAAACAUAUCGGCUGGGAGCUUCCAGGUCACAUUCCCUUUGAGGCUACGAAGGAGAUGCUGGACUCUUCGAUCAAGUUAUGGGACGUACCCACUCGUACCUGCUUCCAGUCCGCGUACAUGACGCUCACGAACAUGGUCGACAACUUGGUUAUGGAUCACUUCCAGCAACUCACGCAAUUUGAGAGCCUUGUCGCUCAACUCGCUCAUGAAAAUCUGGCGGAGAUAUGGGCGAGUGCGUCGAAAGAGAUCGAAAAAGCACUUGCGCGCGAGCGAGACCCGCUCUGGAGCCAGAAUAACCAUUACUUCUCAGCGGCCAAGUCUAAAUGGCUCGGGAUAUACAAGUCGAAACGCCACGAACCCGGGUUUUCCGAGGCCGACUUGCCAUCGAGGGCAGAACUGAAGGUCAUGGCGGGCGUACGCGCCCAUUUCCAGGUCGCAUACAAGAGAAUCAUCGACCAAGUUCCCCUCACGAUCGAGCACUCCAUGAAUCAGCCUUUCGCAGACGGUCUUCACGCCGCGCUCUUGGGUGUCCUCGACGUCGGAUCGAAGGAGAAGAUGGAGGCGCUGUUGAGUGAGGAUCCGGCCAUUGCGAAGAGGAGGGAGGAGUUGAAUGAGACGAAGGCGCGUUUGAUGGAUAUACAGGCUCAUUUGGAGAGCUUCGUGCUUUGA